UUUUGUAUGUUUUACUGUGGUUCAUUCAGCGAAAUAGAGAAGCGAAAAUGGCUGUUGCCGUGGACAUUCGCCAGGUAAAACUGUUUUCAACUUUUCCAUCUACACAGCAGAUAUCAUGUGAAUAAUUUUGUGUGGUAUUUUACAGCCAUUUGUGAACGAUGACUUGUUCGACACCGAGUAUGGAGACAGCGAUGGCGAACAAAAUGGCGAUCUAGAAGAAGACAAUUCUCCUAAAUCUCCGGCAGCCGAGUGGGUGGAAAAACCUGUUGAAAGUAAUUCUGACAGGGAACCUCAAGACAGCAGGUUAGAUGAGGAAACAAGUAUUAAAACGGAGGACGAAAGACAGAAACAAGAGGCACUCGCAGAAAAGGUCAGGAAAUACAUCUGUACAUGCAAUUAAACACUUUUAUUUUACUAGGCUAGACGAUUAAAAUAAGUUUAAGCUUAAGUUUUAACAUAAUUUUAGCGCCACAUAAAAGAAAAAAGUUACUGGAAGAGUGGUUUUUAAAAUCUGUAAUUACGUGUAGCAGCCACUACACUGAGAUAUUAAUUUUAAAAAUAUCUUAGGGGCUGAUUAAUGAUUACCUCACUAUAAUUUUCAUUUUUGUUGGCCCACCCCAAUAUCUGCAUCCCACCUCCGUUCAACCUUCUAAACUACUUUGGACUGGGAUUGUAAGUAGUUAUAGCUGCAGUUUGCAGUUACAGCUAUAAUGCAUCAGUCAAUUCCAACUGCGCCCAGCCCCCCCAACUACCCAGUACACUUAACCCUGUCCUAAAAGUAUUUGGGGGGGAGGGGAGGGCCAUUCGUGGCAUCCAAACUGCUACAGAAGUGCAUAUGCUACAUCUUCAUCUUUGAUAUGUUAGGGAUGUGGAAGGAAGGUUUUCAAUAACGAUCCCAAGAAUUUUUGUCCUCUGGCAAUGUAGGUUCCUUUAAAUAGGCUUCAGAUCUGGCAGAGUAGGUGGAGGGUCCUCAAGCCUCUACCACCACUUGAGAAAGCCUAAAAUACAUUUACUAUAAAAUAAAAAUACCUUUUGAAUUAAAAUUCCAAAGCUGUCUACGAGUAAUGAUGCUGAGCUUGUAGAGAAAAGUGAUGACAAGGUAGACAAUGCGACAGAGCAGGAAAAUACUGGUACAUCACCAGUAAAGGAAGAUCAGACUGAAGAAGAAAAUCAGUCAGGUGAAGAUGAAGAUGACAGUUCUGAUGAGGAGACUUUAAAUAUCAAGAGACAUAAACAGAACAAUGAGGUUAAAAAGGUCAGUUCAUGUUUGUUUUGUAACUACAGACUUGAUUAUCCAAGUGUGUUUGCUCUCAGAAAAUUUGUCUUAUCAUCCAGCGUACAAAGAAAGUCAUGUCUGAUAGCCCGGGACUUGUGGAUUUUGGUUUCGGGCUAGUGAAUUCUGUUCUUAACUUGCCCGAUGGGCAAGUGAAUUUUUUGGGGGAAAUUCAAAUUACAGACGGAUUGUAAUCAGUCCUGCCAAUCAAAAAGGGUUUUGGGGCUAGUUGAAGUGACUCGUGGGCUAGUACAUGCUAGCUACAGCUUGCCUGAAUGGCAGGCUGUAAAACUGACUUUCUUUGCACCCUAUCAUCAUAAUAUUGUGUGCAUGUAUGCUUCAGUACUAUGUUCAGUUUUGUAAAAGAACCUCUUACACUGUAGCUGAUCAAAUCCAUGCCUUAUAAUUCCAUUAAGAUUUACAUGUAUCCGUCAACUUGAAAUCUGACUGACAGCUCUGCCCUUGAAAUACUGUACAUGAUCAAAGAUUUAGCAGGGCUCCAAAAAAAACAAAAAAAUUCCAGUUUGUCCUUUGGGCAAGCAGCUCUCAAGGUUUCUAGCUUGUACCCUUGCCAUUUGGACAAGUGAGCUUUAAGAGUUACCUUUCCAGCAAGAGAAUCUACUUUUACCCAGGCUUCAAGAUGGAACUUUUUUCAAGCCUUGUUUAGUAUUCAUAGACAAGCAAGGACUUUUAAGAUAAACUACCAUGAAAGAAACAUGGACAUUUUUUGUAGGGCAACACCAUCAUUUCAGAUAAAUUUUGUGAAAGAUUUUGUUUUCUGAAUUUGCUUCAGCCAUUUGAAAAUGAUGACUUAUUUGAUGCGGAGAUUGGCGAGGAUAGUGAUGACAGAGAAGAUGGCAACCUUUCUAAUGAUGAUUACGAUGCUCCCAAAUCACCAUCACAUGGCCAAAGUCAUUCAGGAGAAGAGACAGCAACGAUGAGUUCUGGUGAUGAAUCCACUUGCAAAAAUGUCAAAAAGCGGGAGAAACGAGAGGCUAAAAGGAAGGUAAAAUCAUAAUAUAUCUUGACAAAUGCAGUUAUAUGAAAUUAAAAGCAUUUAACAACAAAGAGCACCAUCUUGUUGCGUCAUACUUAAAUCAUAUGAGAUAGCAGAUUAAUCUCCACAGCUGGCCAAUUUGCCCAGUGCCAGAUGCCUGGCCUGAAUCAAAUUUUACCUUUUGGAAAGAGGAUUCAGGAAACAGUCUUGCCAAAUCAACUGGAGUGACUAAAAAGAGUAGAAAGAAUGCAUUGCCUUCAAACAAGGUCCUGUACAUGCAUAUUGGAAAGCUUCCCAAAAUUAAUGGAGUUGGCUGUGCCAGUCAUUUAAUAAUUUUUUGUCCAGUUGCUAUUUCUGGUUUCCCAAUGUGAAUGGUAUUCCCCUUUUUCUUGACAAUUAUUUGGCAUAAGUAUUUAACCUUGAGCUGCAUCUACAUCUGCAUCUGUAUCUCCACAACAUGCAGCUGUACAGUGUGAGUUAUAUAUGCAGUGCUUGACUUUCAGAAAAAAUCUUGGGGCCAAGUGGCCCCUAAGUUUUCAUUUUUUGUCGCCAGAACAAGUAUUCUGGUCGCCAAAAAUUAUAUUACUGGAUUUAGUUUUGUGAAGGAUAACAGAUUAUCGUUAGUGUACGUUUUCCCAAAGAAGAAAGUCACCUAUCUUGGGGGCCAGGCGUGAAAAUUUGGUCGCCACUAAGUAAAAGCUGGUCGCAACGUCGAGCCCUGAUAUGUACAGAGUUAAGUGCACUAUGCCGUUUAUGCUGUGUACUAUUAAAAUAAAAAGCUUACUAAAAAGUCAAAUCUGCAUAAAGUGCAAAACAACUUAAUUACAUUUUGAUGAAGUAAAUGCAAGUUUAUCUUGGUUCAUACAGUUGUUCUAUCUAGUUAUUAUUUUUUGUUUCAAGUCUUCAAAGCCACGAAAAGCAAGAAAGGCAGAACUUUUCAACAUGCAUAGUGAGACACAAAGAAUGGUUAGAGGUUUGUAAUUUGAUUGUUGUCUACAUGCUGUAUACACUGUAUGUUACGGGUCAAAAUUAAAUUCAGGUGAAAAUUUUGUAACUUAGGUUGAUUAUCCCUUUAAGUCCCAAUAGUGAUCAACAUCAAUUUUCGCCUAAAGAUAUCCAUACAUUGGCAAGAGAAAAGGUUAUGAGAGUUUAUAAAAUGAUCACCAAAGAGAAAAUACCUUGAUCUUUUAUCAAAUUCUCUCAACUCAUUCUUUAAGGAAGUGUAUAGAGAUCAAUUUGGAGAAUUUGUAUGUGGACAUUGGGGCUUAAAGGGUUAUCUGUUUCCUUUGUCCCCUACCCUAAUUGUUCAUGAAUAAAGGCUAGGAUACAAAGGAAAGAAUCAACCCUCAUGUCGGUUAAAAAAUUUUAGCCUCAGUUGAAUUUUGACCUGUAACAAAUAUUACUCUGUAAGUUAUCAUAAUUAUACUACUACAUGAGAAAUUUCUGCAAUUUGAUUGGCUUAGAGCAGUGGUAUUUCAGCUUAAUUUGAAAUACCUACAUGUGAAAAUUGCAAACCUUUUGCAGGUAGUAGUAUAGACAAAUAAUAGCAUGAUUUGUAUAUGAUAUUUAGCAUAAAUACCACUUGUGAUGUUUCAAAGUUGUCUCAAAUUUCACUCGCCUAGCGGCUCGUGAAAUUACAUACAACAAUUUCGAAAUAUCACUCGUGGUAUUUAUGCCAAAUAUCACUACAAAUCAUGCUAUUACCUCUACAAAUUACACCAUGUACAAUGAUUGUUUUGUGCAAACAAUAGCUGGAUAUUUCAGUAUGUAGUAGUUGCAAAAAAUAAGUAGUUACUCACUGAAAAAAGUAAUAGUGAUUGUUUUAAACACAAUGCACACUAGAAUGGAUGCAAACCCAAGAUACAGAGUUCGAGUCCAACUUGCUGACAGCUCAGCCUUGGUUCCUUCACUUGGCUUAAUGCAGCACCUGCUCAGCUAUGAAAAUACAUCAAAAUAAUUUUUACAUUAUUACUUUUUUCUCCAAAUGUUCUCAGAAUCAACAGUCCGGUUACCUUACCACCAGCCGACAGUUCUUCCCAUAACACACUUUCUGAAGAGAGUACCACUCACAGAAAAGAAAAAAGCUGAAAGGUAAUUUUGACAAGGCAUUGAAAUUCAUGUAAUCAUUGUUGCAAAAAGAGAUAUACCCUGUGUGAAAAAUAAGGUUAGGAAAAAUCUUACUGUUUGAUUCAGUGAAUGUGCCAAGUAACAAUCAGGGCUGUCAAUAAGGAUUCAAGGUUACGGGUUAAUACAAGUCGAAAACGGCCAGGGAUUUCUAUUGGUUAUAUUUUCCUAUGAAAGUAGUCAAGGGUCAUACUCCUUGUUGUUGGGGAAAUCCCUGACACCCGACCCUACAGUGUACAUGUAAGUGGCAGCCCUGGAUGAUGUUAAUGAGACAUGUUAACCAUAUCACUUCUCAGUGAUUUACUGUAAUUCAGCAGCCUUUUUAUACUAAAAGAGGUUAAUGUACAUGUUUACUUCUUUGAUGCAACUUAUAUUGAAGAAAGUUUGGUACUAAUUAUUUGAUGGCUUUGUAUUUUGAUUUAAUUUAUGGAAAUUUACAGACUUCUUUCACAGUGUUUUUGCCGGAAAGUUGUAGCCUUAAUCUGCCAGUGUUUACGAUAUAAAAGUGAAUAUUUCUUGCUGACACUUAAAUACCACUUUCAAAUAGGACCACCACAAAGACAGUUAAAGAAGCUGUGAAUACAGAAAUUCUUCAGUUGUCACCUGAUGACACAACUAUACCAGGCCAGGGUAGUGAAAUAGAAGGGCCAGAAAUGUCGAGCCCAACAGCCGGUGACACUGCAAGUCCCACAGGAGCUGUUCAUGGAAUGAACAGGUUCAAAGCUGUCACACCCAAACUGAGUGCUGCAACAGAUCCGUUCUUCUUAGAUAUGGAUUACACACCCUCAUUAUCAAAACCUGUCAACAGUGGAGUGCAGGGCUUGAGAGAAAGGUAAUCAGGAUUUUUACAGGGUGGAAUUUUGUAAUGGCAAAUUAGCACACUACGCGGUGCUGUUGGACUGAUAUAAAACUGGAAAUGAACUUUCUUAAAUGAAAGGGUUUACCAUAGUUAUAUGAGAUGGGUUUAGAAUAUUAUUGUAAAUUUUCCGAGGUCCCAUUUAGUUUCAACUCAAACCUUUUUAUAAGUUUAUGUGGACAGUGUACUCCUUAGUUAGAAUUUGACUACUUCUUGAGUUUCUGAGUCAUUUUUUUUCAUCUUUGUGCCAUGACCGUCACCCAAUAUUAUUUUGGAUCAGGUUUUUUUUUGCUGCAAUCUACCACUCAUACAACAGCUACCUGUAGUUAAGGGUGUGAAAAGACAGGCCAAAAAGUUGAGAAGUCUCCUCAGUUUACAGGCCUGACGCUGUGUGGAGCAAACUCAAAAUUUAGUCAACUUUUCUCCAAAACGUUGGCAAACUGUGCUUGCAAACUAGAGCAAGCCCGGUGGGUUUUGCCGCUAGCACAUCAGCCACAGCCUGGCCUUGGAGGUCCCUUGUCAAAAUACAGCGUUUUUAAGAAGCCCCCUCAACUGGCAGAAAAUCGCUGUGUAGUUGUCUCCAAAGCAUAAGCUACAUGUACUCAGAGAGAAGCCUUUUUUUUUGUAAGGUGGAUAGCAAAUCCAUCGUAUAUGUCUCCCAACCCUCUUCUUGAUAAAAGUAAACUUGAUAUAAAAAAUAACAUACAGUUUAUGGGUAAUUUAAGGUGCCAUUCUCAUUGUUAAAAACCUUUCCUCGGUCGCUCAAAAGAUACUGGAAUUAACUACAGUGGAACCUCGUUAAUUAAUACGGUCACCAAUAGCCUCCCAAAAAUUGGUUGUAUUAACGGGUGACCAUAUUAACAAGGUUAUUUUUAAACAAGAAAAUGCAUGGCCAUUUUGCAAGGCGGCCAAAAAAGUGGCCGUAACAACUAGGUGACCAUAUUAACGAGGUGGCCGUAAGGCAGGGUUUCUCUCUAUUCCGGCUUACAAAAUUAAACAUUUAAGACACCUUGCUUAAUCUUCUUUAAAAGUUUCUGGAGACACUUGCAAAAUAUCACAAAUGACAAUCAUGCUAUGUUAUUUUGUUAGGUUUUUAAAGCAUACUUCAAAGCCUCAGGAGAAAACCCCAGUUCCAGUCAAACCUUUAAACAAAGAAAAAAGUAAACCAGAUGAAGUGCUUUCAGAGGCCAGUGAAACAACACCCAAACCUACUGGAAAUACACCUAUAGUUUCUGAAGACAAGUUAAAAACAGCAACACCUGGUGAGUCAUUAGGGAAAUGGUUGAAAGUAUUGUACAGAGGAAUUCAAGGACCUAUCAAAUGCCCAAUCUAGAGAAAGACUGGCGAUGUGUCCAUGUAGCCACCCAGAAAAGAUGGUCUCUCAUUUGCAUAGUCCACAAUUUGCACGCACCUUGAAAGUCCUUGAAAGUGCUUGAAAUUUAAAAUAAAAAUUCAAGGCAUUGAAUGUCCUUGCAAAUUGCAGUUGGUGCUGGAAAUUCCUUGAAUUUCGGUGCUAACUUUAUCCAACCUAGAUUCUCAAGUACCUAAUAUGAAAGACCUUCAGGAUAAAAUUGCUUAUGUUUGUGGAAGAACUAAAAAAGGCACAGACUCAAGGCUCUUUUUUGCAUUAAAUGGAUUCCUUGAAAAAUGGGAAAUAUGUCCUUGAAAGUCCUUGAAUUUUUUGUUCAAAAAAGGGCACAAACCCUGAUAGUUCUCUUUCUAAUCCCAAUGAAAAAAGUAUGGAAUUUUAAUGCCCUAGUGCAGUUGACAAUGCAAUUUUCAGGGGACACUUUAAUAACAUUUCUAUCUCCUCUUAGAUUUUUAUACCAAAAAAUUGCAUCCAUCAGGCUCAUCAGAUGGGUGGUGUCUUGUACACCCGUUCUGCUCUAAGUCUAGCCUGUAUCCAGCCAUGCUCUUUCCACACAGGCUACCCCAAGUCAAGGAGGAUUGUCGUUGAGUACACCGGUUUUGACAACUCCCAUUACAACUAGCCAAUAAUCAAUUAAUUUUAAUAUAUUUUGCACGGUUUUAUGAAUUUCAAUUUCCAAAAAACGCUUGUCCCUACUUCUGACAAAAUGAAGCAGUGGGAAAGUUUUGAUGCUAUUAUUACUACUGCUUGAAAAUCAUGUUUUUAUUAUUUUUAAGAAUGUUUUCCAAUUUUGUACAGUUUACAGCUGAAGUUGUAAAAGAUUGAUCUGACACAUUCACUCUUUCAUUCUUCCCCCAUUCAUCCCCUCGGGUGACCACCUAUAUAGGAUUUCACAAGUAAAUAGAUUUAGGGCAAAGCAAAGCAAAGCCUUUAAUGGAGUUAAACAUUAUUUUUGGCUUGACAGGGUCCACCACUGUUCCUCCACACCUAACCGCAUCUGAAUUAUGUUGUGAUAUGUCUCUCAUUUCCAGGGACCAGACUUUUACUUCUCAAGGAACAGCUGCAAGCAAAAAUGAAAGUUAAUCGAGCUGAAAGAAGGAAAAUACAAGAAAGCCAACGAAAGCUUGACAACGAAGAAGUUAGUGAGGAAGAGGAAGAAGAAGAAAUGACUGAGGAGGAAGGUUUGGCAUGAAUCAUCUUAUUAUCUCUGUCCUAUAUUAAAUUACACCUCAUUUUAUGGCUUAUUAAUCCGAGAUUUUGGUAGAAGAGCGAUACGUCGACUACACAAGAAAAAGUUAAAUUUUGAGCUCCUUUUCCGUUUGUUCGCGUAUUUAAAAGUCUAGUAAAGUACAUGAUGUAUCCCCGAUAAUCCGAUGAUCAUAAAGGGCGCUUUUUUACCCUAACUUUGCAAAACGCGUUUAUGGUAUUGAUAGUUUUCUCUUGAUGCAGCUCAAACCAAAAUUACCGUCUAGGAAGCAGGUUGCUUUUCCUUGAAUUCCUAACAUUUCCCUGCUUUCAGAAAGCAGAGUCUACGUUUGCAACGUGAAACUUCCUUGUUACACGUUUUAUGGAGGAAAUGUCGUACUUGUUCUUAUUCGCUAUUUUUUUUUCACUGCCGCCCAUUUUUACCUUGGUGGCCGCUAGCAUUUCUCAGUUUCUCACCGCCGCUACAAUAUUUUCAUUUUGUUCUUCGAACAAAAAACGUCUCCAUUCUUUUUUAUCUCUUGCUGUGGCUGUCUGUCGCUCUUUAUCUCUUUGAGCUUCGCUGGCCUGUUACCUAUUUUCUCUUUUUCUGUCUUUCUCUUUCUCUAUAUUCCAAAUUUGUGGACAUGAAAAUUAGUCUAAGGUUAAUACUUUACACAACACGUAUACAGAGACAAUUUCCGCUUUUCGUUUUCGUCUUUAUUGACUCUCUGGUUGUCAAGACGCGGGUGGCCAUGCGAUUUCCCGCCAAAAUAACCUCGAGCUGCAUUUAUUUUAUUUUACAUUGGUAUGCCUGUGGUGCUGACGGGCGGUUGGUCGGACGUACGGUCACGUGAUUACCAAAAUUUCUCGAAUCAGUAGAUCACCACAUUUUCCUAGGUAUGGGGCUACGCUCGCGCGCGCUUUGAGCUCUGCUGUCAUCAUCGUCAUCAUCUUAUAAUCAUCAUCCUCAUCAUCACUAGUAAAUCAUCAUCAUCAUCAUUAUUAUUCAUUUGCGCUGCGAAGUUUUCAGUUUCUUCUUUUAAUUCUCUACUUUUUGCAGACGAUUCUGAUUAUGAGCUUGACAAAUGGAACGAAGACGAUGAAAGAAAACAGGAAGAAGGAGAAAGCGAUCUUGAAGAUGAAGCAAAAGAUAAAAAUGCUUUCAUAGAUGAUGAGGCGGAUGAAAGCGAUAAUGACGGUGACAUUGCUGGCCAUGACAUUGAUUCUGGCUCAGAAGGGGACAUCAGCGAUGGAGACGAAAGCGACGACCACAGUGCGGAGGAGGAGACUGUAUUUAGUGAUGAUGGUUUGUCGAAACCAACAGCAAAGCUUAAAUCAAAAAAGAAGCAUAAUAAAUCUAAGUUGCCAAACUUCAAUGUGGAUGAUAAAACCAUGGAUCUUUUUGGCGAUAGCAGAUCUCGAUCUGAUGCUAAAGGGGAGAGCAAUGAUUCUAUGGCAAAGAUUGGCAGUGCGGAAAGAGACAGUGAAGACAGUACAGCCAGCCUUUGUCUUCGUCUCGAUAGUGUAGAAGAUGGUGAUGAGUCUAAUUUCAAUUUUCCUAGCCUCCUUAUGUCUUCGAAUACCAGGACUAAAAUCCAUUCCAAAGUUGACAAGUCGCUGACAAACAUUUCCGAGGUGUCGCAGGAAUCUAGUCAGUCAAGUUUUGGAGGAUUGUUGGGUUCUGAAUUUGGUGAGAGUGCCAAUAGUCUUGAAGCGAGUAGCGACAGUAGCAGAAUUCCCCCUGGGCAAGGGGGAGGUAAUGCCCAGGGAAAUAAUGAGCUGCACUCCGGUAAGAAAACCCCGGAAUUGUUUUCAUCUUAUUCAAGACUGAGGAACCUGAUCGGCAUGAAUAGCGAUGGCGUUUCAAAUUCAGCAAAAAAGGUAAGCAGAUAUAACGGUUUCUGUCCUUGCAUUUUUCCGCGCCUUUCGGUUGUUCUUCUCUCCUUUUAAAUUUAAGGCCAUUUCAGGGCUCAAAGUUAGCGACUAACUGGUCGCAUAUGCGACUGGAUUUUUGGUUGUGCGCCUAAAAAUUCAAGUCUAAUCGCACCUGUGCGCCGUAAAACCCAAAGCACAGUGCGACUGACUGACUUCCGACUAUACUUACGAACUCGAACUAGAAAGACGGUGUAUGUUUAAUUGGUCUUUUCUCCCAAUGGAUUCUACGAACUCGAAUGUUCUUUUUCGUUUCGAUGUUUUACUCCACCCCAGACUCUUCUGUUUUGUAAUAUAAACACCGCUGACACGUGCAAAUAUAUGCUACGAACAAAACACGUACUUUUUGCGCAAUGGACGAUCAUGUCGAACGUUCAGUUUUAACGUCAAUCAAAACAAAAACAGUGCGGAUUAAGAGCCUUUUUUCCAGGUAUGAAAGCUUUUUAAGUCGUGUUCCAGUACAUGUAAGUCAUUGCGCAUUUAACAAAUUCAUUAAAGAUUAAUUUUCAACCUCUUUCGACACACUCAUUGUUGUCAGUUUUGAAUUGUUUUUCAAGUGUAAGUUUUCUUCAGUUACAACUGUACUGUCAAAAGAGAAAUUAGUAUUAAAAAUCACAACGGUAUUACUGCGUAGCAAAUCGGCUGUGUUUUAUCAAUCACAGGACUGAAGUAAAAGUAGCAAACUGAAGAUGACAUAUGCACGUGGCACUGUUAAGCUUUUUAAUUUUUCUUUUGGAAUAGACGGUCCCAACAUUAUAAGCUGUGCUCCUAAAAUAUUCAGCUGUGCGCCUAAAAUUUCGGCAGUGCGCCUAAAAAUUUACAUCUGGUAGCACAAGUGCUCCCAAACUCAAAUUUAAACUUUGAGCCCUGCAUUUAAGCUCUUGCAAAUAAUAACAACGUAUAUUUAAUACUGUGGAGAACAAAACAGUGAGAAACAGAAAGGGAGCCCCGAUGUAAUACUGGCGAAGCUAGAUUGCAUACUUGAAAAACGUCCUCUCAAUUUGUAAGGAAAUGAUAAUACAACACAAUGUACUUCUAUCCGUGGCGUCUGGAUUUGCCUUUGUGUGUUAUGAGGCCUUAAUUUCAGCCUGUUGAUUAAAUAUUUAUUACUGUUUAUUUUUUAUAUUAUAUCUGUUUAUUUAAUUUUUUUUUUCAGCCUGGUAAAUUAUCUCAGCUCACUCUUCCAAUUGAGGAUUCGCAGGUAUUGUGUCUAUUGUGCGUAAUUAAUGAAACUGUCCCCACGGACAGCAACUUCGCAAAUGCGAAUGGGUGACAACAAAUGUUCGAAUAACCGGCAGGGUUGUCACUAAGAUUUCAAGUUGCUGGGUAUUUGUUGUUAGAAGCCGGGGAAGUCGCAAGCAGUCCUGGAGACCCCCCCCCCACAAGAAGUUUUUGAAGUGCAACUUUUACCGUUUUCCAAAACGCAUUACCGCCCCAAAAAAGCAAUUUUCAUCAAGAGUACAGCUAUCGUUAGCGGUUUUAUGAUGAUCACGUCUUUAUUAAAGAAAACAACAUCAUUCUGAGACCCUAAAAUAAUAAGUUUUUACUUUACGUAAAGGUUUUUUUAGUGGCCGCCAAAUGGGAAUAUACAUGUAAGCACCGGGUCUGAAAUAGAUGAUAGGUAGGCACCGGUCACGUUAUCCGCGCAGUCUUCACGCAGACAAGGCGCAUGCUGGCCAGUGAAGUAAAAAUCACAACGAUACUUUACAAAUGUUAAAAAUGUGGAAAGGACAAUCGAUUCUUAUAUGGUGCAAAUGAAUAAACAUGCGUUGUAAAAUCAAUUGUAAAUCCUCAUUUAGUUAUACGUAAGAACGAAACAAGUUACAGAAAACAGAAGUAAAACUAAUAUUACAAAUGAAUUAACCCACGGAGAAGCGGAAAGACGACACGAAGAGGACGAUGAAUGUACGAAAAAGCAUCAUAAACACAAGGUUACUAUGGUUUGUUGAAAAAUAAAAGUAUGAUAAGGCUAAAACAAGCGUAACGUACGAAAAAUCGCGGGAUAAAAUAUGGCAAAACUAAACUGCACAACUGGUAACAUUAGUGGUCUCGAAUUUAGGAACGAAACAUCACUUAACAUUCGAAGAAACUGACAUACGGAAAAGCGUUUAAAAGACAGGGCUAAUACUUUAACGACGCUGGGAUGUCAAAACGAGACUCAAGGAGAAGAAUGCAAAAGUAAUGCUAAUGCUUAACUUCCCUUUUAAAUAUAACUUCUUGGAAGUAGAACUGAGAGGAUGUGAUCAUGACCUGCGCACAAUGAUCGAACAUUUCCCGCUGACCGUGCGUUAUUUUAUAUACUCGAUACCUAAAGCUAAAUAUAGACCUGGUCACUUAAACGUCAAUUUAUUAAACUUAGCAAUCAGUCAUAGUGUUCAUCUUCAAAGCCUUCAUCAUAAUCCUCAUUAUCAUCAACAUCAGCAUCAGGGAGAUUUAACGCUCGGAUGAAGCCUCAACUUCUUCUGUGAUGUCAACGGAGAUCUGCUCAGGUCUUUCAUCGUGAACAGAGUGCAGAUUCCUUUGCCAGUUCUUCGACAUGUUCAACACAAAGCCGACACAACGGUUGAAACUAGGGACUUUUAGCAUCGACAAAGGUAACGGCAGCGGAAACGUCGCUUUUAAAAUGAAUUGGCGUUUUUUUCAACUUUGUCUCGUUUAUUUCAGUUCGCUGAAAAUAGCUAAUGUAGGCCAAUUUGUUUACGUCCUCCAUAAAACGUGAAACUAGGCAUUUUCACGUCGUAGUCGUGCAGUAACGGCAAAGAAAUGUACCAAAAAGCGUGAUGCACGUUAGCGCAAACUAGUUGUUUUGCUCAAUAAACCUUUUGCUUUUUUGACGUUCUCGUUGAAGUCGCCGUCGUCGUUGCUAAAACUCCCUACUGACAUUUCGCGAACGGAGAGUUUUCGCGCGUCUGUACUAGUUUCAAAUCUAAGUCAGAUGUCUUUUUCCGACAUUUCUUAGUUUUCGCACGCGAGUAUUUCAAAAUUACUUAAACCUGCUGCAGAUGAAACUUGCAUUUAGUUUGAUGGAUAGUCUUUGUGUGUUUCAAAGGUGUGCUCUUUUGGUUUAAUGUAAUGACGAAAGUAGCCGGGGGCCAUGCUCUGAGUAGCCGGGGGAAAUCCCCGGCCCCCGAUCCUUAGUGGCAACCCACUGUUAAAAUGUAACCUAAGAGCUUAGAAGGGAAGGAAGAGUGUGAAUAACAUACUUUUCAUUUUAAACUCCGCAUCCAAUCAGAGGAUUGCGCUGUUUAUUCGACGAUUAUAAGAAAAAAUACAACAACCACAGUAUCACCCGGUAAUCAACACCAUCUAAAUAAUUACGAUUCUAGCUCAGCAAGAAAGGGAGACUAUGGAACUUUGAGAUUCUUUUUUAUUUAUUUUAGAUAAUAUUUACAAGUGACUAAACAUAAUUUUUGUCAGGGAUUUAAGAUAUAGUUUCAUGGGUGUCGAAUUACUCCUUACAGGGUUCGUACAGAGUCUUGAAUUCUUGAAAAAGUGCUGAAAUUUGCCCAACAAUUUUCCAGACCUAGAAAAAGUCUGGAAAAUGGAGACAAAGUCUGGAAAGAAAGAAAGUCUUCAGUCGUUUUUCAAGAAAAAGAAUUUAAAUGAUUUUUUUCCUUUUGGUAAAAUCUUUGUAGCACACCAUAAAAAAACCUUCCUGCGUUUUUCAAGGUCUAUAUUGAUCACCUAUCUGAUAACCUUGAGUCUGGAAUAAGAAAAAGUCUGGAAAAAGUCUUCAAUUCUGGAACCAAAAAUCUGUACGAACCCUGUCCUUAAUUUUGGGGCGAAAUUUCAGCGUUAAUUUAUAAUUACAAAAUUGCCAUUGCCAAAUUGCAACCUUCCGUACAAAUGUACGUCUCAGUGCUAUGAUGGCGACGAAGUUUCAAAAUUAUAUGAAUGAAGAUGUCAAGGCAUUGAAAGACGCUUCAGAAAACCUAAACACACGGAAGAGCACAUCAAAAGGAUUUUAACAGGUAUUUUGUCAAAAAAAUUCUGAAAAUUCUGAAGUUAAGCCAAAUUUAAGCUCUAAACAUCUGAGAUCGAUACGAUAAAACCAGGAUAAACAUGUCAAAAAUCCACGAUUACGAACGUAAUUCGUCACCCACGAUAUUAAUAGGUAAUCAAAUGGUAUACUCGUGAAAUUAGGGAAUAAUUUGACGCACGUUUUUUCCAAAUCCUAAUAAUUUCCCGAGCCAUUAAACUCGUCACCAUUUGAUCUGAUUACACAUACUAAUACGCCGCCCUUGAAUUAACACUGCAUCGAAAGCGCUAAAAAAUUUAUUACACUUGGUUUCCUAUAGGAUCUCUUUGAUGACGCUAGUGCCCGAACAGGAGAAAAGACCUCAAAACAGGACAUAAAUACAACAGACGCCACGUCCAGUGAUUUUCACUUCACUCUCGACGAGGACACUCAAUUUACGCAGAUACUGAACACACAAGGGUAAGUAGCCCGUUCCAGGCUAAAAAUGCAGUAAUGUGCAGCUUCGUCGCCAGUCGUCCUCGGCGAUUUUGGACGGGACGUCACCUGUCAAGCUUGUCAGGAAAUUCGCCGAGGUCGCGCUCGCUUUCAAGCCUCCUUUGCGCACUCGGAUAGAGUGAAUUGCUCUAGGUACGAGACUGAGCAUUUGCAGAGAACGACGCUGAGAAUGUGAAACUGAUGCGAAAAACGCGCGGGGGCUGCGAAGAGACAAUGCGGUCUUCCUUUUCCCCCUGCCGCUCACCUUUCGGGAUCAUGCGCGUCUUAUUUUCCAUUGGCCUUAUUUUUACGACGUCGUUACCAUCUGAGAGCGUAGUACAGGCUAAAGGGUAAGGUGUGAGGAGGUUCAAUAAGCUUACAUACCUUGGAAGAGACUGGUGCUAACCAGAGAUGGGGAGAGGGGGGGGGGGAUAAAACCCCAUAAAAAAUGUUGGCAAUUACAAUUUUUUCAAAUUAACGACUCAAGAGAAACUUCAUGUUCCUAAUUGCUCUAAAUUUCUUCUCUUUAGACCCAACUUAGAAAGGAAAAAAAAUUACCAGCAAGUUCGGUAGCAUUAAAGAGGCUUCAGAGUCACGCUAUUUACUAUGUUUUUAUGAAAGCUUAAAUGUGUCUUCGCAUCAGUUGUCGUAAAUUCCAAAAUAAUUGUCCAGUUUUCUUAUUUAAGGCUAUAUUUAGGCAUUCAAACUAUUUCCUGUCGUCUGUUGAUACGGAUGACAAGGAUGGACAUGGAUUGACCUCGGCCAGUUUUUUCAAGUUUUUAUGCUAUGCGCGCAAAAAGACCAAAACGUUAUUAUGAUUAGUGCUUCCUGAUGAAACGUGUUUGAUAUGUUCAUCAUAACUUUAUAGGAGCAAUUUGUUUAUGGGUAACUAAUGACUAUAGCACAGCGUUGACCUAAAACAGCAAUAUCCUGUCGACAUAACCCCUUUAACGUUGAGUUAGAGCGGCGAUUUACACAAGGAAUUUUCAAGUCUAUUCGCCAGUCCGGAAGGUGGCGUGUGGGAUGAAUUCAUAGGAACAAACAGGUUUCCCCAGACCAAUGAGUUAUUACAAAUGAUGAUGAAAGAUCAUCAAUGUUCUUUUCCUUGUCAAAAAUAACGCUGUGACCCUGAAAAGUAAAAUUGGAGGCAUGCGGCAUUCCCCAUCAGUACCAUGGUAUUUUGUCCUUUUAAAAGCCGAGAUUAUGAUGCAUUCUCCUUCAUGGAAACCACAUUGGAUUAAUGUUGCCUGAUUGACUGUUAACAUUAAUCACUUUCAUGCAAUUUAACACCAACUUUCUGCCAUUCAGCUUCAUAAACUCCACGAAAAAGAGUAAAACUAAAACAAAGAGGCUCUUCGAAGGUGACGACGACGCGAACAGCAGCACCCAGCCGCACAUGAAGGAACUGCUUGGUUUGUGUUCUGGAAGAUUUAGCGACAAUGAAGACACAGGAACAUUAAAGGACAGUGGCAGUAAUACUGAAAGAAAGAAACAGGCGAAAAAGGCAAUAUUUGACACUCAAGAAACGAAUGGGAAUAUGAACGAACUUUUGGAUCUCUGCUCAGGAAGGUUUACUGACGACGAAAAUGAUCUUGGAGCUGACGAUGUAGAGGAAAAGGAAAAUGAUUCUGAAUCUGAGUUGGAUGAAGAAGAGAACAAAGGUCCUAGUGAUGUUGGUGAUGAGGACGAAGACGAUAGGAUGGGAGAAAAAAGCGAUGUAGAAGAUGAGAGUGAUCUUGAAGAAUUGAUGAUAAAACGGAAAUAUGGGAAGAAAUACGAGACAAAGAAGAAAAGGUAGGUAGAAAGAUACAUAGCUUUUUCGAACUGGAUUGCUUUUUUUAAAGAAAAUGAAGAUAUGAUCGUGGCACUGUAAUAGCAAUUUUAGCAACUGCAAAUUAACCCGAAAAAUAUGUCGGGGUUUCAUCGGGUUUUGAACCCAUGGCCUUUUCUCGGGAUAAUUUUGUUGCUAUUACACGGCGAUGAUCGUAUCUUCGUGUAAAUUUGUAUUUCCGCAGUUCCCAUCUUCUCUAUUCUAUACAUUUCUUCUGAUCUACAAAAUCACCAAAUUUGAGUAAAAGUAGAGUGAGAGAUCCAACAGAAGAUGAUGGUGAUGAUGACGACGACACGACGACGAUGACUAUGACGAUGAUGAUGAUGAUGGUGAUGAUGAUGAAUGUUCAUUAGUUCACCCAUUUUGCUGGCCGCUAAGAUCCACGCGCUUCGUGCCGGACGAAUUUUAUAACCACUGCCUCGCGAGGGAUAAAAAUGUACCUCCAUGUUUCUUGUCAAGAGCUGAGAUCAAGCUCUAAUAGCAGUUUCCAAUGAGAAAAUUUCUGUUCUGUCUCUGACAUUACACAAUUUUCACCGCUUUUAUAACCCUUAUGAAGGCCGUUGAAUGCAGCCGAAAUAUUGGUUCAUCGUGUUCAGAAACAUCUGGUGUCUUCAUUUGUGAUGAACAUAUUUUUUCAUAGAGACUGCCGUCUUUGGUGAUGCUUGUGGCUUGAGAUUAUACAAUAAUAAACAGCUUCCAAUCAGUAACUCGUUUAUAAAAUCCCUUGUAGAAAAAGCCAGAGUCACAUUUAUGAGGCGUUGCGGAUUUAAUUUCCAUUCAUUGUUUGUAAUUCACAGCAUUUUCGACAAGAGGAACUUCCUGGAAGAAGAGGCAGAACUGUCAGGGAGUGAUGUGGGCUCUGAUGUAGAUGAAGAUAUCGCUACUGAUGAUGACAUGUUGGAAGAAGAUUCUGAUGCUGAGGAGUUGCCGUCAGACGAGGAACUUCAAAAACAGAUCAACAAAGUUCACAUGUAAGUGAUAGUUCAAAAAUACAUUAAUAAUUAAUAAAGAAAAAACAAAAGAAAUUAAUGUUUAAUAAGUGUCUUUAUAUCUGAUAAACUUUACGUCCAGGUUUUUCGAGCAAAAUAACCCCAAGUCUAAAUAUUAGUGUAAAAAUGAGUUGAUCUAUAUCAGAGAUUUUGAAGCCGUUCAAAAAACUCGCAGGAGUGUAUUAUCAGGUGUAAAAACUCUCGGCUUUCCCUCGAAUUUUUAAACCUGUUAAUACGCUCCUGCCUCGUUUUUUGAACAGUACAUUAAAUACCACUGGACACUAAUGAUAAGAAAGAACGUUUAGUAAUAACAAAAAUUCGAACUUUCACUUACGACUGUGAGCCUAAAGCCUUUUCUGUUUGGAGUUUUCGUGUAAUUUUUAUCAAGCACGGCACGCAGUGUGUUAUCUGAUAUCCAGAUACCGAGGAGUGGCUUGACAAACGAGGCGUCGCCGAGAUUUUAAAGACUGACCAUGAGGUGUCUGGAUAUCGUAAGAAACACUCGGUGGAGUGGUUGUUACAGCUUUUUAAUAAUUCUUGAACAAAUUCAAAGCUAGGCUUUGAAUUUGGCUUUUGGCUUUCCUUCUCCACCUACUCCAAAGCUUUUGCCACAUACUUAAAAUCGUAUCAAAAACCUUGCUUAACUAUGUUUUAUGUAUCUUACUUUGUGGAGGCGUGUGUGGCCGCGGGGUUAACACCUCGAACUCUGGAUCUGGAGGUCCGGGGUUCAAGCCUCGCCCGUCGCGUUGUUUCCUUAGACAAGGAACUUUACUCCACUUUGUGUCUCUUCACCCGGGUGUUUAAAUCGGUACCGCCGACAAACUGCUGGGAGUAACCCUGCGAUGGACUAGCAUCCCGUCCAGGGGAGAGUAGCAAUAUUCCUAGGCAUGCUUCAAGCUAAGGAAACCGGGAUAAGCUCCAACCGUGUGGGCCUUUGGCUUAUGUGCGCCUUUACCUUUAUGUAUCUUACUUUACUAGGAAAUCAAUUCAUGACCAGGACAACGCCGACCUGCGAGCGGUGAAAGAAAUGUUCCUACCCGAUGGAGACCUGUACACAGAUGGACAGGGUCGCACGAGACAUUUCCGGUGGCGAGGAAUUGACGAAAAUUCACAGUUCGGACUUUUUGGCAACAAAGAUUUUUGGAACGAUGAAGAUGGCACAGCUGUAGAAUUAAGUACUGAUGAGGAAAUCCAGCGACGAAAGGAAAGAUACGAAAGAGAAGCUUUCCUCAGGGAGGAAAAGGUGUAAAGUAAAACCAUUUUAAUAGACCUUUUUAUCGAUACGGCGGCCAUAUUGAAUUAAUUAGAUUUAAGGCGUAUUAUGGGAUGCCCAGGGUUCAUAAGCACGAUCCGAUAUACUCGCUCAGUAUUUACGCGCGCUUUUCGGGCCAAUUGUUCUUCAAGUUUUCCUAGAAAAAGAUUGUAAUGGGGAAAAAAAGAUCGUUGUGCCGUGUUUAGAUUUAAUAAUGGUCGCCUUUUUCUCGAGAAAUACGCAAUGAAGUUCUCUUUUUGCCCGAAAAGCUUGCGUAAAUACUGAGCGAGUGCCUCCUGGGCAUCCCAUAAUACUCCUUAAAUCUAAUAAAUUUAAUAUGGCCGCCGUAUCGGUAAAAAGGUCUAUUGUAAUGCACUUUUUCAUUGUUUUGAACAGGAUAUUGUUUUAGUAUUUUUCCAGUUUGCAGAGUGCAUACUGUUUCGUGUUUAGACCACUAAGCCGUAGAGGUUUGCUUUUGAUGAACGUUUGAUUGCUCAUUAACAAAAUUGAUUCCAAUCUUACUUGAAAUUGUUCCACUUUAUCUGUUUUGCAGCAGUAAAACAGACGUGUAUUCAUUGCCAAUGGUUUCAGUGUUAUUUUCUUCCUAUUACUGGUGUGUCGUUUCCUCAACUCUCUAUAAGCCGGAUACCUCUUUAAGACGGACAAUCAGGGUCGGACCCGAGAGAGUUGACUUUAUUACAAACUAGUAAUAAUCAUUGAUUAUGGAUCCGCGUUCGUCUUAUUCUACGAGCAUGACAUCUGCACGAAAAUGAGACUAACGGAAACGAAAACGAGUCCAGGUUCCUGCGGCCCAGAUGCCACUGAUAAAAUUAAUAGGGGCGGCUAAUCGGCAGUCGCUUGUGAUGGCUUGAAAAUUUUUGCCUUUGUGCCACAGGAACACCAGAUUAGGAUGCGAUGAUAACUUACCGUUCCACUUCAAUGGCUACACUAAUGACCCUGUUUCAUAUUCGCUGUUAAAUGUCCAUGUGCAUCAUCUGUGAAUGAUGUUCUGCAAGUGAUUUGUCGUCGCCAAAACAGUUUGUAUCAUUGUGGUUUGCAAUUUUGCGGUUCCCUUUUUCAGUAAAGUUAAACUCGAAGUUUGUCUGUUUUUCAACAGGACAAGCAAAGGCCUGAUGUACUGGACCUCGAUGAAAGCAGCCAAAAUAUUCUGAGCAAAAUUAAAGAUACAAGCAGUCAGUUACCAGAUGGUAAGGGCAGUUAAAUUAUUUCAACCUAUUUUGCUUACACAAUCUCAAUGUUAUUUAUUUUCGUUUGUGAUCAUGUAUAAAUCCUGCGGCUAAUUCUUCAUAACCAGCUGUGACUGACCAUAAUUGGAGGAUAAUUGCCGAUAUCAGUGCGGUUGAUAUCGACAAGAUAUGGACACACAGACGUAACGCAUAGAAGCUGCACGGUGGCUCACCUGUUUUAGCAUAGCAGAGCUGGAUAAAAUGGCGUUAGAUUUCACGCGUUAUGAGUAGACGAAAUAGGUGAAGAACUCCUUCAAAGGGAUUGUUGUUUUAGUAUUUACCUAAUUAUUUCAAUAAAAUGGAAAAGAUUUUUCUUGAUAAAAGACCUCACUUAGUAAGAGCUUGUUUACGUUUUUAUUGACAGUGUUCACAAAGUGAAUUUUUUAAUAUUCUGUCGCAAAUUCAAUAAGAAAAUGUUUUCUCCUUACCAGUAGAUACCGACAAGCCAAAUUUCGUCUCUUUCUGGGUAAAUGUUGAUACACCUGCUUCAUUUAUCGCCAAGAUUCCGCCUUUCGAAACUGUCCGGAAACGACUCAACAUUUGGUUCCCAAACAACGAAGACCCGAUGUAUGUUUCGAAAUUAAGGGAGCCAAUCAAAACCUGCAAAAUUGCUAUCUAGUGAUUUGGUGAAUACUUUAAACAAAUAUACUACUGGACCGAUUACGGUCAUUGGUAUCGGUGGAUAACGCCUCUCUCUAUCCUCUCUCUAUCUACAAAAUUAAUAUAUUUGUAAAUGAUGAAGAAAUGUUGAGUGAUUGACGCGGCAUAGUCUCAACAGCUCUCAAAAUUUUCUUUAAAACUUUACCCUAAGAAUCUUUGUGAAUGCAAUGCGAUGAGAACUGAUUGGUCGGUCAUUGCAAGUAUAAUUCAUUUUCUUUUCUAUUUACCCGGUCUUGUCUUUCAUAUCAAUUUCUCGUUUCCCCUGCAGCUCCAAGCAAGCCUCAGGCAAUCGUCAAUCCAAAGAACAGUGCAGCACCAGUGAUGAAGAAAAAGACGGUGAGUGGAUUUGAAGGUCAUGGCGGCUUAAACUACCAACAUUCGACAAAAAUACGUUGUUACCUAAGUUCACCGCUCGAUAGGUUCUUUCGCUUGCUGGAUUAUUCGGUAAUCGAUAAAGACUCUUCAUGACUCGAGUAAAAUCUUUGUUGAGAAUGUGUUUGUUGCUAGGAUACAGUUUUGAACCCAGGCCUAAUAGGUGUUCGCUUGGUACAGCGGGCUCAGUUACGAUCAUCGGUUUAUCAGUAAACAGAUGCUUGCACUCCGUAAACCAGUUUGACGAGAGAAAGCAAGAUUGACUAGUCCAAAAGUUCGGGCUUCGGCGACUUCAAAGGAUUGACGUGAUUCGGGCAGAGCCACCCCUCCUUUUCUCCUUCUUACUAGACAAAAGGAGGCUCUGUCCCAAGAAAAAUUGAAAACAAUGCAAAAUUUUGGAGGAAAAAAGCCACUUGGCUGAAAAAUUCUCAUUUACUGAUUUGAAUCUUAAGCCACGCAAUAUGGAUCUGAUUCAAUCAUCCAUUUAUUCGAUUCAGUCAGUAACUGUAUUUAUUCAGUAAUUCAUUCACUCAUUUAUUUUCUUUCAGUCGUUUAAAGGAUCGUUCCUAAAGCAUAACAAGACCACACUGUCACGCCUGUCUUCCCUAACGUCCAACACACCAAAUGCGUCAGGUACAACGCGAGGAUUUGUGUUCCAGACAGUUUCACCACAAGGCAAGACCACCUCAAACGCAAAGGUAAGAACCACCGGUGCAAAACAAUUUUCCUUUCUGUAAAGAAAUAUUCCUGAAGUAGCGAGCUGUUAGGGAUGUUAGGAUUAAGAAACUAUGCGCAAGUUCGACAUCGGUAUCAACUACAACAACUACAAAAGUGCAAAACAGCACUGAAAACUGCAAGUCGCGCUUUUUGGCGCAUUUCUUUACCCUCACACGCACGACUACCGCGUUAAAUUUCCGGACACUAUGAGCUAUGACGACACAAUUUUGCUAUUUCUUAUGAGGUCCUGCUGCAAUUCAGCUUUUAAAAAAAUCGAGCAUUGUGAUAUUAAAGCAGCCCGCACAUUCACUUUUUAAAUCGAACGUGGCUUUGUGUUAAUUCCGCAUUUACACAAGCAAGCUGGCAAAAAAUGUCCCUACAGCUCCGUAAUGAAGGAUAUUGAAAUGACUCCCUUUUUUCUUUUUAUGUUGAAUGUCGUUAGCUAAGCUAAUACCGGAACAAAGCUCACACCGGUUACAACCUUGUAUGUAAACACGCGCUCAAUUACAAGAGGUCCAAAUCUUAGGUUUUAAAAAACGUCCUUAUUUUUUUCCGCAGAAAAUCCAGCGAACUAAUUCCGUAAUAGAACAGCCAGCAUCCAAGAAACCUAGACUGGACAGAAGCUUAAGUGACUCCAACAGUGUAUUUUCUAUGCUUUGACACUUCGUUCACGAAGGUCUUUUCUUCAUUUGAGUGCUAUUUUUGUUUUAUUUUUAUUAAAGCAUAAUACCACCACAUUGGAUCAGAACUCAAAAAUAGGGGCAUAUCCGUAAAAACCCGUAAUACCCAUAGAGAUGUUCUGUUUAAAUAUAUAUAAAAAAUAAGAUCAAAUUAAUAAACCACAGUCUAGUCAAGGAUUAAGCACUACCUGUGCUCUUAUUGACUUUCUCAUAUCUCUGAAAUCCGGCUCCACGUCUGACAGUCACUUCCCGCGUCAAAAAGAGGAGAACUGCAGCACUGCAUUUCUCUGAAUGGGGAAACCCCUCCCCCACCCCCUAAAACUUACUUGAAUUGAGUGUACCCGUAGUGGGGUGAAGUUUAAUGGGGAUUUAGGCUAUUUUUCUUUCGUUUGACUGUGGUCACAUGAGGAACUUUUUGCGGUAAAGGAAACGAGUAAGGUGCCUCAAAGCCAAAAUAUGUUGUUGACAAUGUUCAAAAGUUGAUGCUUCACCAGCAAUGCUUUUUAGUUUUUUUUACUGCCUUUCUUAACAAAAAAGAAAGAACAGAAAAACGUUCUCGUUUUUCAAAACGGAAAAGCGGUCCCAGUGUUCUACAAAAAGAAACUCGUUAUUCUUGAUGAAAUAAAAGAGAGAACGUGUUAAUGUGCAGUAAUUACUUAUUUUAUAAAUUUUUCCUUGUUUUCCCCUUUAUACUAUACGUAAUUGUACGUAAUAGUAAGUGAGAACGCGUUAGAAAUUUAGAUCGCGGCUGGCCUUCGAUAUUUUCUUAAUGGGUUGUAAAAUGGCACGAUUCUCGGGGAC